UUUGUUUCGAGAACUAUAUAGCUGUAAUAAUCUUUUUUUCUCAAAGGAUAUACACAAACCAUCACCCCCUUGAAUCCUUUUAUUCUCCUUGUCCGCUUUUCGAAGGAGAGAAAGGCAAGAAACAGAAGAAAACCAACUGUUUAUUACCGUUUGUUCAGACAUCUUACUCAUUCCUACACUGUCAAUUCGCUGGAUUGUUGUUUACUUGUGAAUUAGGCUCUUUCUUUUUUGGACGAAAAGGGAAUUUGAAUGAUUUGUCAUAUUUCCGGGUAAAGAUGUCGUCUUGAAGCCUUUUGAACUCCCCACCCCCCCACUAAAAACUUAUUGGGAUUUUUGAGGGGUUUUGCUGAAGGAACAAGAAGGAGAAGAAAUCUUGAGUUGUCGGGUGGUCAUAAGUGAUGAUGGCAUGUUUGGAUUGGAGGAGUCAUACGUGGGUUCUUGGUGUUUUUCUUAUUCUUGCCGCAGUGCCCCUUGUCUGGGGAUUUACCGACCCUCGUGACGUUUAUGCAAUAACUCAGUUACAUGCUUCCCUGGGCUUCCCACUACUUCCUGGAUGGAUCCCUGGUGGAGACCCCUGUGGGCCGCCGAGUUGGCAAGGGGUGGAGUGUGUAAAUGCAAAUAUAACUGCAAUAAAACUAAAUGGUGCUAAUUUGGGCGGUGAAUUGAGCGAAGACUUGGGGUCGUUUGCCUCAAUUAUACUUAUAGAUUUGAGCAACAACCACAUAGGAGGCAGUAUACCAACCGAUUUGCCAACCACUCUUAGGAGUUUCUUUCUUUCAGAUAAUCAGUUUACGGGACGCAUCCCGGACACACUAUCUUCGUUAGGCCAAUUGACGGAUUUGUCUCUGAACAACAACCAAUUGACUGGUCCAAUUCCAGACGCCUUUGAACCUCUUAAAGAUCUGAUUAACAUGGAUUUAUCGGGUAACAGUUUGACCAGUCAGCUUCCUUCUUCAAUGGGGAAUUUGUCAUCUCUUACCACACUGCAUUUGCAGAACAAUACGCUUACAGGACUGCUGGAUGUUCUUCAAGAUCUUCCUCUUGUAGAUUUGAACAUAGAAAAUAACCUGUUCUCUGGGCCUAUACCCGACAGAUUGCUAAGUAUUCCCAAUUUCAGGAGAGCUGGAAACCCUUUUAACACUACCAUCUUACCUUCUCCACCAGCCCCACCUCCAAUAUUGCCUCCAUCCAGGGCACCUUCACCUCAAUCAGUUCCUGGAGCUCAAGUGCAUAUACCAUCAGCCCCAUUACCAGAAUCGGGAAGGGACGAGAAGAAACACACAACAAACAAAAUCACGUGGAUUGCUGUUGGAGGCUUGUUGGUGGUUUUAGUACUUCUUGUGGUACUAUGUCUUUCUAUGUCAAGAUGUUGCAGGGGAAGGAGAUUGAGUGAGAAAACUAGCACGAGGCAUGAAAUGGGGACAUACGGUGUCCUCCCAGAGACUCAUAGGCGAGAUCAGUCUUCGCGAAACCCUCUCUACGAAGUAGAGAAAGGCCCCCAAGCAGCUUCCAAGAAAAUGGAUUUGCAGCCAGCUAUUGGAGGUAGUCGGUCAAAUAAUGCAUUCCAGAAGCAGGGGAAGGAUCACGGAAUAGAUAUGAUGGGAUCGCGUGAUACUGAUUUACCACCCAGUCACCUUCCUUUUCCACUUCUUCCCGCCGAAAGGAUUGUUGCAGAUCCUAGUUUUACUCCAUUAACCGCAAGGGGAAAUGGUUCUAAAAUUGUAGAAUCUUCAAAGUUUUUUACAAUUGCAUCUCUUCAGCAGUAUACAAAUAGCUUUUCUCAAGAAAAUCUCAUUGGGAGAGGCACGCUUGGCACAGUGUAUAGAGCCCAGCUUCCUGAUCGAAAGGUUCUUGCGGUCAAGAAACUGGAUAAGGCAGCAUCAGCACAUCUAAGCGACCCAGAAUUCCUUGGUCUGGUGUCAAAUAUCUCUAAACUUCGACAUGAAAAUAUAGUACAACUCGUAGGUUAUUGCCUCGAGCAUGGACAACGCCUGCUUGUCUACAAUUAUUGCAGAAAUGGGACGCUUGAUGAAGCACUAAACUUGGAUGAUGAGAUCAAUAAAAAGCUUUCAUGGAAUGUUCGCAUGCGUUUGGCACUUCAAGCUGCAAAAGCCCUAGAAUAUUUGCAUGAGGUGUGCCAGCCUCCUGUCAUGCACCGUAACUUCAAGUCCUGUAACGUGCUACUAGAAGAUGAUCUCACUGUACGAGUUUCUGAUUGUGGUUUGGCUCCCUUGCUGUCGACCAACUCCAUGACUAAGUUGCAAGAGUCUGGCUGCGGUGCUCCAGAACUCGAGUUAGGGAGCUAUUCUUGCCAGAGUGACGUCUACAGCUUUGGAGUUGUGAUGUUACAACUACUAACAGGGCGAAAAUCUUAUGACAGGUUUCGUCCUCGAGGCGAGCAGCAUCUGGUUAGAUGGGCGCUCUCACGGCUUCAUGAUAUCGACGCGUUGUCGAGAAUGGUCGAUCCUUCUCUGAACGGUGCUUAUCCAUCUAAAUCUCUAUCACGGGUUGCGGACAUAAUUUCGUUGUGUAUUCAGCCUGAACCCGAAUUCAGGCCACCAAUGUCUGAGAUUGUCCAGAAGCUCUUACACAUGAUACAGAGAGAUCCCUGAGUAUGAGGCCGGUGAGUUACACUUGGACGCAACCCUGGCCAAUCGUCCAAUCCAAUCGUCCAAGCUGUUGUAAUCACUACAACUCUUUCCUCCAACUUAUUAGUUCAGACACACAGACGACGAUGAUGAUGCCGUAGGAUUUCAUGAGUGGUGGAUAGCGGCGGCUUGCUGCUCUUCAAUGUUGUGUUAGCACUUUUUAGCAGUAUCUGGGAAUCAUGUCUAUUUCCCAGUUUUCCCCGAAACUUUGUAAUUACACCAACUAUUUCAUGCCUAUACUGUAGCAAUUUCUUUUACUUACAGUAUGUUGAAUUCCUUCAUACAACGACAUCAAAUCAUCUGUCUUUAGCACAA